CUAGAGAGUAAGAACUCUCUAAACACUACUUUUUUCUAUAAAAUAAUAAUAGAAGAAUUACAGGCUUUCUAUAAUUAUAUUAUAGAGAAUUUAAAUAAAAGAUUUAUUAUACUAAGCUCCGUACUUUUUAUAUUUUCUAUUCUAAUAGUUUGA